AUGACCUACUUUGACGUUCAGAAGUGGGCCGAACCAGAGAUAUUCCAGAGAUAUGACACUCUCCUGUUCCAGAACUCGUUGCGGUCCGACUCGACUUGGGUUUGGUGUGUAUCUCCAAAUUGCGAGGCAGGCCAAGAGCAUACGGGAGGCGAGGCCUCUAAUAUCGUCACUUGUCACGCCUGCGGCUCCAAGAUGUGCUUCCGUCAUCAGAGUAUAUGGCACGAAGGAAUGAGCUGUGCUCAAUGGGAUGACCAACUUGCGAUCGCAGAACAUGGCGAGCGUUGGACAGACGAAUGGAUCCUUACUGAAACCAAAGGCUGCCCCAAUUGUAAAGCCCGAAUCCUAAAGAACGAGGGUUGUGAUCAUAUGACGUGCAAGAAACCGGGAGGAUGUGGACAUCAAUUCUGCUGGGAGUGUCUCGCACCUUGGGACGAAAUUGUACGCAUCGACAACUCGCGACAUUACGACAAUUGCCGCUACUACGCUGGAGCUCCCGGUGGGCAUCCCACGCCACAAGGCCUUACGAAUCGCUCGAGAACGGAACGACGAAGAAGUAUCAGGGCUCCUAUACGGGAUGCAGUAAAUACAGUUCGUCCCAUCGGUGCUUGGCAAACCCGCGCACCGCAGACAGCGCGCAUUCCCCUGUUCGGUCGGCCAACUCGCGUAGCGUGGACAGCCGAUACACUUCACUCCCUAGCAGCUCCGAGGAUUCCCAUAACCGAGAUGGUAAAUACGCUCAAUCCUGUCACCGAUCGGGCAACGCGAGGGCCACAGAUGGACAAUAUACGCCAUCCUGACACAUCGCAGAGAAUAAAUCAUCGUGCUGCAUGGCGAGCUCGUGCACGGGAGAUCGGGGAUACACGAUAUCCAGACUGGUUACCUGUCCAAGACGAUCGUGUUUCUGGCGAAAAUACCAUAAUUCGCUCUCCAACGCUCGAUGGGGAACAGAACCCCGCAGGGUUACCCAGACCACGUGCCCAGUUCAUGCGAGAUUUGGAUCCGCCGGCAACUCUUUAUCACCCCACUGGAGCAAGAAGCGUAGGGACCAUGACGGAUCAGUCUCCCGGCCGUAGAGAAGUCUUUACGACAGCACAACUACCCAACAGAGCAGUCGCCCAACAAGAUACGGGGAAUGCAUCCCAGAGGAAUUCUUUCUCUCCCAGGUUACGCAUUAUUGAUCCCCCAGUAAUAGCGUUACCACACAUUCCCGAUCCAGAGGAGAUUUACAUCCCACAAACCUCUUCGCGGACGGUCCAAACCACAGCAAAUGCAAAUUAUGAAGACUAUAGAAACCACCCACGUGCUGGAAUAUAUAGAAUGCCACCAAGACCUUGGGAUACCGUCCAGCAUUUGCGACCCUAUGGAGAUAGAGCGAGUUUGGAUGAGGGUGGUUCAAAUCUUGCCAGGACGGAUCAAACAGCCUGGAACUUGCUCCCGCAAGGUGCAGUCGGCACCCCCCAGAACUCGCCUCGUUUACAAGGAGAUGCUGGGGCUCCUCAUUCAUUAGGCCAUCGCCGUCAAACCUCCGCUCCAAGCGCAGAAUAUCGGCCCCUUCAGCACUCAUUACCUCCUGCAAGGGAUCAGAUCGCUCCAUUGGCAGGCUGGCAGGAGACGCCCACUGCAGCACUGCGAGAUGAAGGUCCACCCAACCGGCUUACUGAAUUGGCUGUAUCCACCGGACGGCAGGACGGCCCAACCACCUCGGAUUCUCAGCGGGAGGUGAACAGUACACACUCUACGGUAGGCUCUUGGCUGCGAAAACAAAUUUCCCCCAUGUUUGGCACUCGGCAACCAGUGGCGGACAGCAUCGUGACCCCCGUUCAAUCUCCGAGUACCUCGACUUAUCAGAUCACCAACCCACGCACUCAAGCCAACCGGCUAGUUGUGAUUCCAGCUCGUCGUCCUAAUGUUCCGGAGAUCGAUUCGUAUAUCUAA